CGCAAAAAAAAAACAACAAAAAAACAAAAAAUAAAAUAAAAACGCCACAGACUAAAACAAUACGCACGACAGACAUCUAAAGCUAUUACUGGCUCGACAGAAGAGCAGCUUGAGACGUUUGAACCGCUUCUUUUUUUUUUUUCCGUCCGCAGGUUUUUUUGUUCUGACCACUCCAGAUAUCAGACCGGACUUCUCCCGUUGACUCCGCACUCUCACAAGGCAAAAUGGGGAAACAGAACAGCAAGCUGACCCCUGAAGUGAUGGAGGACCUGGUGAAGAACACAGAGUUUAACGAACAUGAGCUGAAGCAGUGGUACAAGGGUUUCCUGAAGGACUGUCCCACCGGGCGACUCAACCUGGAGGAGUUCCAGCAGCUCUAUGUCAAGUUCUUCCCAUAUGGCGAUGCAUCCAAGUUCGCCCAACACGCCUUCAGGACCUUUGACAAGAAUGGCGAUGGCACCAUCGACUUCAGAGAGUUCAUCUGCGCGUUGUCCAUAACAUCACGGGGCAGCUUCGAGCAGAAACUCAAUUGGGCCUUCAACAUGUACGACCUGGAUGGGGAUGGCAAGAUCACACGGGUGGAGAUGCUGGAGAUCAUUGAGGCGAUCUACAAGAUGGUAGGCACUGUUAUCAUGAUGAAAAUGAACGAGGAUGGCCUGACGCCCGAGCAGAGGGUGGACAAGAUCUUCUCCAAGAUGGAUAAGAACAACGACGACCAGAUCUCACUGGAAGAGUUCAAAGAGGCUGCCAAGAGUGACCCAUCCAUCGUAUUACUGCUGCAGUGUGACCUCCAGAAAUAGGCCGGAGGGCGAGCGGAGCGCUCUACCAGCCGCCACGGACUGCACAGAAAGAAUUUCAUGUUCCAUUCAGUUUGCAGCUAUUUCCACAGAAAAAAAAUAUGCUUGGACUACCUUUCAAUGGAUCUGCUUCUUGUGUUUGAAACACUCGUGUGCAUGAGAAUGUUAUUUGCUAUAAAAAGAUCUACACACAGCAUACAAAAGUGUGCGGGUGCAAGAGUGCGGGUGCACACUCACACCGCAAAUAAAUACACUCACAGUAAACACACACACACACACACACACACACACACACAUGUCUCACUACAUAUGAACACGUCGCACAAAUAAUAUAUAUAGAUAUAUAAAUAUGAAUAUAUAUUUAAAUUAUUCAAAGAUCAACUGCCAAAAUGUGAAGUGUGCAAAGUAUUUUCCAUACACUUUCAUUCUACUGGAGCUUGCGCAUCAGUGAUGUGCUACGUUGAAUUUGCCGCUACUCUAUUUAUCGUUCCGAGUUUACUGAUGCUAGCUGUAUGUGUUUCAUAAUACUGAGUAAUGUCAACUGAACCAAAUUCCUAUGAUAAUGUAUCUGCCUCCACUAAGACACUCUAUCCAUCGUCUGAAAUAUUAGCCCUCGAAGAGAUGGAUUAGCGUUUGUCCAACUUUUCCUUCCAAAACAUGCUUGUACUGUCAGUAAAGAAAAAUGUAAACGUAGUUAAUUUGCAUGCCUUUAGGUUCUGCCUUAAAGAUCUCCUCAUUUUGCAUCCUGUAAUCGCAGACAGAAAGCCUUAUCAAAGCGGUGUGGUGAACUUGGGCAAAACCGUGAGAAAAGAUUUUUACCGAUUAGGGAGGAAAAAAAAAAAACUGCAGUAGGUCCUUUUACAAGUAUCCUUGUAUGGGAUGUAAAUUUUCGUGAUCUGUCAAGACGUUUUUCUUUUGACUGCUUUAACUGUGGGAGCAUGUUUCCUUGUAGAUUAGCUGUAGUAUAUGUUGCUAAUAACUGAAUCCCUGCCCCUUUGCAUUUAAACACACCAUCUCAUUACAAAUGAGCAGAUGUUGAAUGCGGACGAAUCCACCCAGAGAUAAAAAGAGACAAACCGGUUCAUUGUUGAAACAAAUGGACUGGAAGCAAGUGAGAUCAAACUUUUCCCUGAAGAUUCCCUGGAGAAUGAAUGACACUCCCCUUAGCUGGAACUAAAUUAGAUUAGACAGAAGAACUAAGCAUUCAUCUAUAAUUGCAAUGCAUUCUUAUCAAGCUUAGUUAUAACCCAUGUGUCACCAUCACAUUCAUGUUUUCUUUUCCCCCCAAUUAGCCUGCAGGUUGCAUAUCAGUGUGAUUAAUUAAGAGGAAUUUUUAGACUCUUAGCGCUGAGGGAGAGAAGAAAUAAUGCAUUUUAACUUUCAUGUUUGUGUUUUUUUUCAGUGGAAGUAAAGGAAUGCUAAGCAGUGAGAGGAGCAGUGAAUGGUGUUUCAAUAUACACUGUAACUAGCGGAGGACAGGACGCCUCUUACUGUAAAGGCGUGUUUUUACCAGGUUGGACAAUUCGCCCUCUCUAACCCUUGAAAUAUUUCUCUCCCCAGUCAGUCAAUCUUUUUGUACUUUUUUACUCCCCUCUCUCACACAGUGUACGCGUACUGAUGAACACUAAAUGUAGAGAAGUUCAGUGUGGUACCUCCAAAAAAAAAAAAAAAAAGAAAAAAAAUUUAAAAAGAUCUGAAAAUAACCCGUAAGCCCACAUGUAUCGUUAAAUAGGGUUAGGGUUA